AAACCGCUUCCACAGAAGAAGAAGAGGAAGAAGAAGAAGUUGAGCCGCAGACAUAAACAUGGAGUCUGACCCGAACAAUAAAAGUGCGACAGACGCAAGUGAACUCGACCAAAGCGUCAGUUUCCAGCACGUGUCCUCUGUAGCGACAGGAUGGAUGGUGGACUUCAUGUUCCUGAGUCUGUGUCGACAUUUUAAAGAAGCGAAGUUCGAGGAAUUCAACCAGACGCUUUCGGUUUUCGAGGCCAUUUCUCUGAGUCCAGCUCUCAAUGGAAACGUCUACAAUGAGAAAACACUGAUAUGUGCCUUCCUCGCCAGAGUCAUGCAUGGGAAAUAUCUGGAUGUCAUGUUUGAGGAAGACGACAGUGUGAUGCCUCUGAUGUCCGCCGCCAAAAUAUGGUCAAAACUGGAAGACAGUGUGGCAGAUGAAAGUGUGUUUAAAAACAUAACCAUUCAUUUGUUCGUCCAGUCUGUGGCUGUUUGCAUGGAGAAAGGCCAAAGAUCUUCUGCCUCCUCAGCUCUGAAGUGGUUUGAGGAUAACUAUGAGCUCCCACAGAACUUGGGAGUCAAGCUUAAAACAAUCGUGACAAAGACAGAAACCUACCACCCAUUGCUCAUGAGCUUCAGCUUUAACCACCUGCUGGAGACAGUCCAGUCUUACCUGGAUGUUUACCUGGAGAAGAAUCCUUCUGACGACCUUCUGAAGGAAGCCACUAUGAGGGUCCUGUCAUCACAGAGUGUCGAGGGUGUAAAGGACGAGGUGCAGGAGAGCUCUCACUUUGAAACAGCCGAUGAAUCAGUAAAGAACGAGAUAAAGACGAAAGAGAGCACCGCGUGUUUAAGAACAAAAAGAAAACUACUCUCAACUAAAAUCACUGAGGUAUGGAAACCUGAAUCAGGCAAGAAGCCUUGUGUCUCCAUCAGAAGACUCUCUAGGAGUGAGGUGUCUCAGAUUAUAUCUGAGAAGUCGAUGGACAGCACAGAGAUCCAGAAGAAAAGAAAACCACAUCAGAAAUGGACGCCUCAGCUGGACAAAUACCUCAAGGCUGGCAUCAGAAAACAUGGCAUGGGGAAGUGGUCUCGCAUAUUAAUGGAUUACGACUUUGAAGGACGCACGGGAACGAUGCUCAAAGACCGGUGGAGAGUUUUAAUGAGGGCAGAUCAAGUCUGCUGAAGAGGGAGAGGGAGCGUACACCCUUCUCUUUAACUUGUAAAUAAAUUCAUUGACCUUUCUGGUCCACUUUUUGAAAAUUUUCUUUUGUGUUACUGGCUUGUUAUACCUUGCUAUUUGCACUAAGAAAAUAUACCACCAGAGGGCAGUCAACACAGAAAGAUGACUAGUUGCAUUGCUUUCUAUGACAGAUGCCUUUCAUGUUUGGACAUCAAAUCUGUAAAUAUUGCACUCAAGCAUUUUAUCUCGAAGCAUGACAUUCCUUCUUUCAUUUUGUUUAGUCAUGUCACCAGGCGACAGGCAACACACACCAUGAGCUGUGGUGGGUUUUCUUUUUUUAAUAAAUGUUUGAUAGUCACAAAUGUAAAAUGUUUUUUU